UCCCGGGGCAGGGCCCGCACGUCCCGCCCGCACCUCACCUGGGCCCGGCCGGCCCGGAGGGAAGGAGCCAGGGCUGGCGCGGCGCGGAGUUCAGGCCGGGGUCAGGGGGAGUUCGCGCCCGGGCUUCCCCUUCGCGCCUCGCCCGCGCCGCGGCACAUGGGGCCCCGCGCCCGGCCGCGCCGCCACCCGCCGCCACCCGCGCCCGGCCCCGGCGCCGGCCCCGGCCCCCGCGAGCUCGCAGGGCGGCAGCGCCUCGGCGGCGGAGCCCGCGGGGCUGGCAUGGGGCGGCGGCGCCGGGCGGCCGCGGGGCGCGGGCGGCGCGGGCCCCGGCGCUGAGCGCGCCCCGGCGGACAUGCGAGGACACCGGGAGCUCGGCUGGCCGGCGGCGGAGAGCCCAGGUGGCGGGGCGCCGAGCGCGAUGCUGGACGCCAUGGAGGUGCCGAGCCACGCGAGGCAGCUGCUGCUGCAGCUCAACACGCAGCGCACCAAGGGCUUCCUGUGCGACGUGAUCAUCGUGGUGCAGAACGCGCUGUUCCGGGCGCACAAGAACAUCCUGGCGGCCAGCAGCGCCUACCUCAAGGCGCUGGUGGUGCACGACAACCUCAUCAACCUGGACCAUGAGAUGGUGAGCCCGGGCGUCUUCCGCCUGGUGCUGGACUUCAUCUACACCGGCCGCCUGGGUGAGGGUGAGCCGGGCGGCGAGCCCAGCCUGGGGGCCGUGCUGGCCGCCGCCAGCUACCUGCAGGUGCCCGACCUGGUGGCUCUGUGCAAGAAGCGGCUGAAGCGCAGCGGCAAGUACUGCCACCUGCGCGGGGGUGGCUAUGGGCCCUGCGGCAAGCUGGGCCGGGGGCUGCGGACCUCCACGCCCGUCAUCCAGGCCUGCUACGGCGGCACCCCUCGGCCCGUGCCCCUGGACCUGCCGCCCACUGAGCCGGGCGUGCCCCUCAACACCCAGUGCGGGGAGCUCUACGCCUCGGUCGGCCCCCGGCACCCGCACGGCUUGUGCCCGCCCGAGCGGGCUUGCUCGCCCCCCUGCGGCCUUGACCUGUCCAAGAAGAGCCCUGCCGGGCCCACUGCCCCACUGCUGCCCACCGACCGGCUGCACCCCAGCGAGGCACGUGAGCCCUCGCUGCCGCCCCGGCAUGACAGCCCCCCAGGCAGUGCUGCCCUCCUGGCUGCCCACGGCAAUGCCUACCAGGAGACCUCGCCAGGCGGCGACCCCCCUGACCACUUCCGUGGCAGCCCGCCCAGCGCCGAGCCCCCUGGGAGAGCUGAGGGCCGUGAGCUGCUCUACCGCUGGAUGAAGCAUGAGCCUCUGAGCAGCUACCUGGAUGAGUGCGAGGCUGACAAGGAGGCCGAGCGGGAGGACAAGGGUGAGGGCUCACCGGCACCUGCCCCGACCCGCUAUGCCAGUGUGGAGAGCCAUGACUUGGAGCCUGAUCCCAGCACCAGCGAGGAGACGGGCAGCAGUGAAGGCCCCUCUCCCACCGACCCGCUGGACCGCUACUGUGGCCACCUGGCCUAUGAACCCGAGAGCCUGGGCGACAACCUGUACGUGUGCAUCCCCUGUGGCAAGGGCUUCCCCAGCUCGGAGCAGCUCAAUGCCCACGUGGAGGCCCAUACCGAGGAGGAGCUGUACCACAAGGCAGGUGCCGAGCCGCCCGGGCCCUUCUUGGACAAGAGCAGCCCUGGCCUGGGCGACAUCUUGCGGCCCUACCGCUGCGCCUCCUGCGAUAAGGCCUACAAGGACCCGGCCACGCUGCGGCAGCACGAGAAGACCCACUGGCUGACGCGCCCCUACCCCUGCACCAUCUGUGGCAAGAAAUUCACACAGCGUGGCACCAUGACACGCCACAUGCGCAGCCACCUGGGCCUCAAGCCCUUCGCCUGCGAUGCCUGCGGCAUGCGCUUCACCCGCCAGUACCGCCUCACGGAGCACAUGCGCAUCCACUCGGGCGAGAAACCCUAUGAGUGCCAGGUGUGCGGCGGGAAGUUCGCGCAGCAACGCAACCUCAUCAGCCACAUGAAGAUGCACACGGCCGGGCCCGACGGCAAGCCCAAGCUGGAGCUGCCCGACAGCCUCUAUGCCAUGGCCCGCCUGCCGCCCGACCAGCUGGGCCUUCAGCCGGACAAGGUGGCGGAGCUGCUCUCCCACACCCACUUCCUCAGCGAUCCCAAGGCCAUGGAGAGCCUCUAUCCACUGGCCAAGUUUACGGCCGAGCACCUAGGGCUGAGCCAGGACAAGGCGGCUGAGGUGCUGGGCCAGGCCCCGCACCUUCACCUUGAUGCUGCCCGGACCAUAGAUCGCUACUCGCCCACCUAGCGGCUGCCCGCACCCGUGCCCUGUGCCCGCCGGAGCCGCAGAGGCCGCUGGCUGGGCCUCUCCGCACCACUGCCCCUCCCCAGAUGGGUCCCCCCUCUGGGGCCUUUUGGGGGUGACAGCCAUAGUGGGGGCUGUGAUCGCCUGGCAGCUGGUUCCUAGGAGCUGGAGGGACCUACCGGAUGGCACUGGACGUGCAGAGCAGCAGGUGGAUGGUGGGAGCAGCCCCCACCAGUCUGACCCCUUCUCCAUCGCGGUGGUUGCCCUGAGUGGGUGCUGGAACCGGUGACUGGGCAGAAGCCUGCCACCUACCUCGGGAGCCCAGCGCCCGUCUCCUGGAGCUCCUGCCCUGAGCCAUGCCCCUGCUGAGAACGAGCCCUGCUGUGCCCACUGCAUUCGUCCCCUCUGUCCUGCCCAGGGGAGACCCCCAAGCAGCCGGGCCCCUGGGCGGCGGCAGGCAGGGGUGCCCGGAGAUCUGGGGAUUCUGCUGCUGCAGCUACAGGUCCCCAUUUCUCUGUGAGAAUGACCUCCCCGGGUCACGGGAGGGAGGGCCCUGCCCACGGCAGCAGUUGUCUUGCUGCUGGAUUUCCCCUCUGGGCAUCAGGACUGGGACUCGCAGGGUCUGUGCUGGAAGCACCGCACCCCAGAGCCAGCAGACCCCAGGCCUGACCACCUCACCAACUUCUCUGCCAGCCUGUGCGCUCUGCCUGGGAGCCAGAGGACAGUGGGGUUAGCUAUGUCCCCAGCCCUUCCUUGCACCCACGGCCCCUCCAGGCCACUCACCAAAGAUCCUCUCUCUGUAGCCCUACGGCUCACCUGCCCCCAGAAACCAAAGCACUCACCAGGGUGGGGAGAAGGAGAGGCCCCAUCGCUGCCUGCACUCAGGGACAACCCCUGGGCCCUGCUGACCCAGGCCGGGCCUGGCAGCCUCAGAGAAGCGCUGUGGGGGCAAUGCCCAAGUCACCUGCCCCAGAGGGAGCUUUUCUGCAGCCCCUGACCCUGCAUCCGCGGCAGGGCCCGUCCCCAGACUGAGCCCCUGGGAACCCCCAGCAGUUCUUCAUGGUGGGGCAUUUGGCCCACGGCGACUCGCUGCUGCUGGGGGCAUGGGGGAGCUGGGCAAGGCAGGAAGCUCCUGCUUACAAUCCCUUACUGGACUUCAAGGCGCUGGGCUCCUUUCUUCCCCGUCCCCGGCUGGGCUGCCGAGAGAGCUGUGCCCAGCCAUUGCUGCCGUGCACGAGCUGUCCGUGUCCUGAGCGUUGGCAGGGGAAUCCGUGCUGCGGGCUAUGGUCAGUCAGACAGGGCCAGGCUUGCCCAGGCACUACUGGAAGGGUCCGUCCCUGUGGAGGGCAGGAGCGGGGUGGCACAGGGCAUCGGGCUCAGCCUUCUCCCCUCACCCGUGGAGCUGCCCUGGGCCGGGGCUGUGACAAAGACAAAGCAAUCUCGUUUGUCAGCUACUUCCAUGCGGGAGGGACGAGCACUGGGCAGGAGAGGGCAGGCAGACGGUGCCUCUGCUCUCCGGCCGGCUUGGGUCGGCCACUCCAGGGGCAACGGCACGAGGGGGGCACGCAGCCAGCGCCCCCGUACAGCAGUGCAGCUGGCUGUCCCCAGGCUGAGCCGUGCUGUCUUCACGGCGGUAGCUCCCCUGUGCCCCGGGGAGAGUGGGGCGCAGCUGGAAGGGGCUCCCCGGCUUGGGCCCCACCUCGUGCCUUCUCGGCUCUGCCACCCCAGGGCUCCCCACCCCACCCCUGCCUAGCUGGGGGUGAAUGUGAAGCUUCUUUCCUUCCCUGACGCUCUUUUCCCCUUUGCACGCGAGGCCCUGAGGCGGCCGUGCUGACCCCAGUCUGCAACCAACUGUGCCUUUGCUGAGCUGGCUGCCCCCCCAGCCCAGGCCCCAGCCCCAGGCGGCUCGGGGCGCGAACGCACGGGCACCUGGUGUCUGGGCCUGGGGCUCCGGCUGGGGGUGCUGCUUCCAGGUUCUCCGGUUUGGCUGCACCAGGGACCAGGCCCGGCUGGUCCAGGAGUGACCGCAGGGCUGGGGGCAGCGUUGGACAUUCUUGCCCCCAUGCCCGCUGGCCAAGCAGCUGCUGGAGCCAAAGUGCAGGAGGGGUCUUGUGCCCCCCCCCACCCCUUGUAUAUUGUCCUGGUUUGUACUGGGGCCUGUGCCCCCUUUUCUAUAUCCCAAAGCAGUGAGCAAUAAAGACAUUAACAGA